AUGAUGGCGAUGGCAAAUACAAGAAUGAGUUUUUCUCUUAUUGUAUCGAGACAGUCAACACGAUUCGAAGGUUCAGGAGUGCAUCGUAUAGUCCCUUUUCAGUCAUAUUGUUCCUCAAACGAGGAGGCAUUGGGUCGUGGCCAAUCUAUAUAUGAAAAGAUCCAUACGUGCGAUGAUGCCCGCAAACUGUUUGAUAACAUGAUCCAAAGUCAAUCCCUGCCAGAUGCAGUAAAAUUCAACCAAUUGAUGCAAGCGGUUAUCAGAAUGAAGGCUUAUUCGUGUGCCCUUGAUAUGUUUAAACAAAUGACUGCGAGAGGUGUAAAGAUUGAAGUUUACACGAUUAAUAUUGCCAUUAACUGUUGCUGCAAGUUAGGUAAAGUGAAUGAUGGUUUUGGUGUGCUGUGUAUUGGGUUGAAACUUGGCAUUGUACCCGAUCGAUUCACCUUUAGCACUCUCUUGGAUGGACUUAUUAGAGCAGAUAGAGUUCGUGAGGCGGAAUUGUUCUUUAAAAAACUCAUCAAAGAGGAAGUUUGUCAACCAGAUACAGCCAUGUACAACACGAUGAUAAAAGGGUUAUGUAAGGCUAGCCAAAACAGUAUUGCAAUUGGUUUGCUUAGAUUGAUGGAGGAGCGAGGUUGUAGACCAAAUGUGAUAACAUACAGCACACUCAUCGACAGUCUUUUCAAGGCUGAAAAACCGGAUGAAGCUUUGAAGCUCUUUAAAGAGAUGGUAUUUGAGAAAUGGAUUGAACCUAAUGUGGUAACUUACAGCUGCUUGAUUCAUGGGCUUUGUAUGUUGUGUCGGUGGGAUGAGGUUUAUAAACUUAUGAAGGAAAUGGAGGAAUAUAGGAUCUCUCCAACAGUUGAAACCUACAACAUAUUAGUAGACAACCUAUGCAGAGAGGGCAUGACAAAAGAUGCAGAAGUUGUAGUUGGCAUGAUGGACAAGAGAGGAAUAUAUCCGAAUGUUGUGACUUACAGCUCAAUCAUUGAUGGCUACUGUAUGCUAGGUGAAGUGAGGAAAGCCAUGGAAGUAUUUCAUUCAAUGGUUUCACGAGAUCUAGCUCCAGAUGUUGUUACCUAUAACACCUUAUUGGAUGGGCAUUGCAAGCAUUUGACGAUAGAAGACGGCAUGCACCUUUUCAAUGAAAUGACUAAAAAAGGCGUGCAUCCCGAUGAAGUCACAUAUAACAUCAUAAUACAUGGCAUGUUUAAGGCUGGGCAUUGUGAAUAUGCAGAUAAGUUCUUCAAGGACAUGAUAGCAAAAGGCUUCUCUUUAGGUCUCGCCACUUACAGAAUAAUGUUGAAGGGUCUCUGUGACAACAAUCAAGUUGACAAGGCAUUAGAUAUGUCUCUUUUGAUGGGUAAAAGUAGAAGUGAUCUUGGUUCAGAUAUACAUGCAUACAACAUUUUAAUAGAUGGCUCAAGUAAAUCUGGAAAUUUUGAUAAGGCAAGAGAUCUUUUCAAGGAAAUUACUCUUAAAGGUUUGCAGCCUGAUGUUCAGUCAUAUAAUGUGAUGAUUAGAGCUUUUUUAAGGAAAGAUCUUGUGAUGGACGCGAAGCAAUUGUUCCUAGAAAUGGAAGGAAAUGGCAUCAAACCUAAUGAAGUCACUUACAACACAAUGAUUCAAGGGUAUCUCUGGAAUAAGGUCUAUGAUGAUAUACAACUUCUUGUGAACGAGAUGCACAUAAAUCACUUCUCACUAGAUGCUUCCACUUGCACUCAGUUAAUUGAUAAGAUAAAUGAUGGAUCAUUGCCUACAGCUCUAUGGGAAAAGUUUAGGCCAAAUGAAUCUGUGGAGGAUCUUUUUCCCUUGGAGAAAAUGAUGUCAAGUAUUAGUUCUUUGAGUCCUAAUGUGGAAAAAUGA